AUGUGUGCUGCUCUCUUCCCCUCUCCUUUCCAGCAGCAGCAGGCAGACUGCGGGUGAUAUCACGCCGUCGUGCGGAGUGGGCAAGGAGGAGAAGCACCAAAUGGAAAAGGAUGCUCUGAGGCAGAUGUGUGCUGCUCUCUUCCCCUCUCCUUUCCAGCAGCAGCAGGCAGACUGCAGCAGCAGGCAGACUGCUGACUGGCUGAUGAUUGCCCCUUCAUCCCCCUCCUCCCCCUCUCUUCCUUGCAGCAAUAGCGGGGGACAUCACGCCGUCGUGCGGAGUGGACAAGGAGGAGAAGCAUCAAAUGGAAAAGGAUGCUCUGAGGCAGAUGCCCCAACCGCAAGGCGGCAGCUGGAGAUGAUUAUGCAAGCACAUGAGUACGAGCAAGGGAGGGGGAAGCGGGGGGAGGGGGGCGGUGGAGGGGGUGGGGAAAGGGGGGAAAGGCGGGAGAGAGGGGUUGGAGGGUAUGCGGGGGAGGAGGGGGAGGGGUCUGGGAAGGGGAGAGGCGAGAAUGGGGUUUGGGAGGGUGUAGGGGUGAGAAGGGUGAGGGGGAAGUGGGUGGAAAGGGAUGGGGGUUUGGUGGAGGCAAGGAGAAAGCACGUAACAUCCUGGCCUACUGUUUUCAACUUCUCCAUGGGCCCACCGCGUACACACAGAGAUGACCUCUCAGCAGACCAACAUGCUGUUCCUCCCAGCACUUCCCGCCCGGGCGGCCCGCCGCACCUCCGCGUCACGGGGUUGGACACGACGACUUUCGUCUGCCCGGGGCGGAAGGAUUUUAAGAGUAGGGCGGUGGCAGAGGUGGGGAGGAGGCUAAAAGGGACGGCGAUGCGGCUGGGAUUGCCUUUUGAGUUUGAGUAUAUUGAUAUUGACGAGAAUCAGCUGCACCUUCUGUACCAGGUGAAGAGGAGGUGGAGUGAGACUCUGGUGGUGUGCGCACAUCUCGAGCUCAUGAACUUUCCAGAUGACUCUGUUGUGGAUCAUGGGCCUAGAGACUGCAUUCUCAGGUGGAUCCACGACUUAAAGCCCGCGCUCUUUACGUUUGUGGAGAUGGACCUAGAUUCCAACGCCCGCCCCUUCCUCUCCCGAUUCCAACACGUUCUCGACCACCAUUUCUCCGUCUUCUGCUCCCACGACGCUCUUAUCGGCGCCGCUGACAAACGCCUGCGAUGGUGA